GAACGAGAGGAUGGCUUGUCACUUCAUCAACAUUCCCAGCCAGGAACAAUUACAUGGAACUAGUUGGAAGGUAAGUCACUUGAAUUCGGUUACACGCAGUUGGCUAAUGUCGUGCGCAGAACCUUGAGGAGUGCCAAACCAUUAUCCAUAUUGCUACCAUGCUGCAAGCAAAGAAUAAGCAAUUCCGCAUCAUCACCCCGUACGACGCUCAGCGGAGUUGGAUCGAGGAGCGUUUGAAGCUCAAUGAGCUUGAAUGGGAAGAUAAAUGUUUCAACGUUGAUUCGUUUCAAGGUAAUGAAGAAGACUAUAUCGUAAUCUCACUCGUGCGGUCCACGGCGCUCGGAUUCCUCGCCGACUUGCGCCGGACUAAUGUCAUGCUUACUCGAUGCAAGAAAGGCAUGAUCAUCUGCACUAGUCAGAAAUUCAUGAAGCGGGCAGGGUGUGAGUCACUCGUGGGCAGCUUGUUGGAGUAUUAUGAACACGAGUGGAUCGAGAAGAAUGACUUGGAAAAGAUUGCGUUGUAGAUGGGCCCGCGAAGGUGCUAGUUGUUGACGGCCUCAACCAGAAUUCACUUCCGCAAUGAUGGUUAGUUGUAUGAUACAUAGUUGGUUUGUACAAUAGCUCGCGCGGUCAAUACUCCUUAUAAGGGACACAUUUUUUUUUCUUUUUCUUGGAAUAAAGUUUCUCAUUUCAAUUGCGUC